CGUAGAGUUCGUACAGGCCACGUGUUGCAACCAAUUCAUUUUAACUUCGAAGUUUUCGUUAUCGGUUUCUACAUUACAUUUAUUUUAUUCUCUUCAUCACAAAUAGAAGCUCAUUCGUGAUUUAUUGCUGACGAUUUACAACACCGAGUGUGCAUUCUGAGAAUUUUUAAUCGACAUCGAGUCAACUCUGAAAGAAAUUUGAUCCGACAUUUUUAUCCAAGUGUCUCCUGCAUCUCGUCUUGUCCGUAACAAGUUGAAAACCUUCAAAUCCUUCGAGUGUUAUUCGAGUCAGAACAUUUGUCUGUACCUCGUUCAGUGGCCAUUAGAGUCAGACAAGAAGACGAGAGACAUUUUGCUUUUCAUAAUUACAUAGUCAGCAACGAAAAGUGAGAGAAGAAAGAACCCCCUCCCCCUAAAAAAAAAAAUUGCUUAGUGUCUUUUUUGCGUGUCUGUGUGCUUCGUGUCGGUUGUGUCUUUUGUGCCUACACCGCGUGGCGUAUACAUCAGCAGUGUUUCUCAGUCCGAGUGUGUUCUAUAUCCAGUGUUGUUCUAUACGUUUCUUUCGUUACGUUUGUGAUUGCCACAGUCAGUCAGGGUAGAUAUAAUCACCCAAAAGAAGAAACAAACUCAUCGCUGUUUUUUUUUUGUGUUUUUUGCUUGAGAAACAACUUUUCUUCCAAAACCCCCUCUGGACGAUAAAUAAUUAGAUUCUGCAAGAUUUUUGAUUUGAUAUUCAAUUUAUUUAUUGAAACGGAAGAAUGGGGGCGGAUGCACCAACUUCGAGGUGGGGGUUCCGGUGCUUCUCCGUUGCAAUCCAGCUGCUUUUGUUAGUCUUCUUGACUGGUCACACUGAAUGCUGGAGACCGGCCAACAACCCGGCGGCCGGUCCGACUUCGACCAAUAUACCUAACCCCGGAUGGAUGCACCGGAUGCGACUAGACGCCAACUACGAUGUGUACUGGUCAAUCAGCGACAGUGAAGUCACUUUUGAGGUGCAGGUGCGCACCCUCGGCUACCUGGUUUUCGGCCUAUCACCAAGUGGACACUUCCAUGACGCCGAUCUCAUCGUCGGUUGGAUCCAUAACGGACGCCCUCGAUUCCAGGAUCGACACGGAUUGCCCAACGGCGGGAGUUCAUUGGAUCCCCAACAGGAUUACGACUUGAUCGGCGCUCACGAGAACGAGACACACACUGUUAUGCGAUUCCGCCGCAAGCUCGUCACCUGCGACGACAAGGAUCUUAACAUCACGGUGUCAACGUCGUGGUUGAUGUACGCUUAUUCACCCAACGAUCCACUGUCGGAUGCUGACAUUUCCUUCUCCAAUAACCCGCACGGCUCCAAGCCCGUCUACCUGAUGCAUCGCUCGCAAUUCGCCGACGACGAGCUACCGUCCGACGUCAAAGUCUGGGACUUAAGGAACUACCAGGUCUCCGUUCCGGAGAAUGAGGACACGUUGCACUGGUGUCGCAUCUUUAAAUUACCGCCCCUCGAUCGUAAACAUCACAUGAUUCGGUACGAACCCGUGUUCACGGCAGGCAGCCAACCUUUUGUUCAUCACAUGAACGUGUACGAAUGCGUGGGAGAUCCGAGCGUCUUCGAAGUGCUGGCCGCCACGGAGGGAUCACGAUGCUAUCAGCCUUCAAUGCCGCCUUUGUUUUUCAACUGCAACAACGUCGUAGUUGCCUGGACAGCCGGUUCCGAGGGUUUCACGUUCCCAUCCGAGGCUGGCUAUCCGAUGAAUCGGGCCGGCGGCGCCAAGUUUUUCAUGCUCGAGACGCACUACGACAACCCGAACCUGCAGAGCGGCAUCGUCGAUCACUCGGGCCUUCGACUCUUCUACACUUCCCAACUCAGACAUCACGACGCGGGCGUGCUGAGUGUCGGCAUCGAUCCGAAUUGGAAGCAUAUCGUACCGCCCGGCCAACGUAAGGUCGUCUCCGAAGCUCACUGCGUUGCCGACUGCACUCAACAGGCCCUGCCUUCUCGCGGCAUCAACGUCUUUGCCGUCAACCAGCACACUCACCUCCUCGGUCGUCAGGUGCAGCUGCGUCACAUUCGCGGCGAUAAGGAGCUGCCCCCGCUGGUGGACGACGCCAAUUACGACGUUCACUACCAAGAAUAUCGACAGUUCCAGAAGCCGGUCAACGUUCUGCCGGGUGACCAUUUGAUCAGCCAGUGCACGUACAAUUCCGAGUCGAGGAGUACCAUCACAUUGGGUGGAUUGUCAACAAGAGAGGAAACUUGCCUCGCCUAUCUGCUCUAUUGGCCCCGCGUCGACCUCUCCCUCUGCUACAGCCUACCCUCAUUGGCCACUAUAUUGCACUCACUCGGCAUCCAGGAAUUGCACCCCGGAUCGGAUCCUGUGAGGAUUAAAUCGCCGCCAGAAUUGGCUGACCAGACGGUUGAAGAGAGGCUCAUCACUUUUGACUGGGAUAAAAAUUUUCACACGUUCCAGGAAGCCACUAGGCGUGGAGCGUUCCGCCCCCUUUGCUGGGGCAAAACUCAAGCUCUUAUCGACGGAUCGACAGCGCCUGACUAUUACGCACCCAACGCCACCCAACCUUUACCGGAAGCCGAUCCAGCAGUAUGUGCUCCUCGUGGAACGCUUCCUCCGCGACCGGCCACGGUGGCCAAGACGCCGCACAGAAAGAACGUCAACGGCGGAGCAGCUGGCCAGCCGGGCGUCCAGCGGAAUCGAACAGUCACAACGACCAGCGCGCCGGUGACAGUUCCAGCUAUGACAACAACAACAACAGCGAACAGCCGCGUGCCAUCCAUCACGGCUGGCCGGCCUUCGUUAUCGCACGAAAGUAACGGUCAAGUGAACAACGGCCACGUGGCCUCUGUUUGGGGUCAGGGCGCUUCGUUGAACCACGAGAAACUUGGCCCGCCGCCAUCGUCGGUGAUGAUCGAGACGCCGUUGAACGACGUCGUUCAUUUGCACAACUCACCAGCAGCCACCCAGGAGACAACGGCCAGCCAGGAGUUAAGUAGCCGUCGAGCCUCAGUGAUGCAGAGUUCGUCCGAGUCGACGGCCCCCCGACUAGGCUCCUUCACCAUUAUCCUAAUUGCCUUGUGUUGUACAUACUUGCACAACAGUGUAUGGGCCAGCUGCAGCUGUUCCAGCAGCAGCAGCAGAAGCUUAUAAACUUGGCUCCUCUUGGUUGCUUCUUAGUAUUGCGACUACGAUUACUACUCUGACUCUUAUAGAAAGAGAAACGGACUGUCCCUGGGUUUAGUUUGAAAGGGGGUAGGUUAAAAAAAGACGGCCCGAAAAAGGAGACAAGCUGGACCCUGUGUCGGUUGUCAUGUCUUUUGUAUUGUGCCCUGUCUAUCUCCCUCUCUCUCGCGAUUUGUGUGUGUGUGUGUCUGUCUGUGUGUUUGUGUGUAGACGGUGUAUGUUUGCGCUUGGCUAUUUAUUCGUCGUUACGUGAAGGCGUAAUGCAAAUAGCGGCCAAGUAUGAAGGGGUCCGCUACCAAUAAGUCGAGUCUGGAAGCGAAGGAGAGUGGCUGGCCAAGUUGGACAAAAGGAAGAAGAAAAUCAUAGAGCACGCAAACAAGAAGGACACACGCAGUUAGUACACGACACAAGAGUUAUAUCUAAUCAUACACGUACAUAUAUGUAACAACAAACUUCCCCCCUCCCCCCAAAACUAUCCCCUCCUCCCGCUUUUGCCAUACGUUAUAUUCUUCUACUCCCUCCCUCCCACCUACUCCCUCUCACUCCUCUUGCCUUCCUUGUUCGUCCCUAGUUUUUUUUAUUGUGUUGGACGUCCGCGUGUAACCCGAACCACGCCCCACCCCGCAUCUCUCGUGUUGUGUGUCCCCCACUCGGCGUUCGACAUUCAAAAAAAAGAAGAAGAGAAUAAGUGACCAUAGUACUAUAACAAAAAAAAAAAAAAAAAGAAAAGGUUAAAUGCCAAGUGCCAUACUGUUCAUAUUUGUAUAUAGAUAUAGAAAGAGAGAGAAAGCCUCGUAUGAGAGACACGUAAUGAUGCACCGUUGGCUCCCUUUUUUUUUUUUUUUUUUUGGAUUGAUUUUUGAUCAUUCUAAUAAUAACUAUUAGCUAUUCGCUCUUGAUUGGCGUGUUCCUUAUUUUAUACUAGACCCUCCCCCUCCACUGACAAAAAGAAAACUGAUGCCCCUCGUGGAAAAAUCUCGACACUGUCAUCCUUUGAAAAUGUCAAUAGUUAUUGUAUUGACUGUCACACAGUAAGCAAUGUAAAUGUACGUAAAAGAAAAAAGAGUGAAAAAAAAAAAAAAAAAGAAAAGAUUAAGAUUUUUAUGCUCGCACUGGAAUUAUUAAAAACAUGAAAUUGUUGUUUGUAUUUUUCAAUGUCGCCCCAUGUCUUUUAUUUGUGCGUUAUUCUGCCCUCCCAACUCUGUCACUCCCAAAGUCGUUUUAUUUCUUUUUCGCUCUCCCUUCCUAUACAUAUUAUACAUAUACAUAAACUAUGCCAAUAGACCUGUGAAAUGAGAUAUAAGAAUACAAGAUUAACUCGGA